AUGGCUUCGUUCCCCGAGUCGGAUUUCCAGAUUUGUCCGCUGUGUAAGGAGAUGUGCGGCUCGCCGGCUCCAGUCUCCUCUAAUUCGUCCACUUCGUCGUCCUCUUCUCAGACUUCAAACUCUUCCGGAGGCGGCGGCGGGGGGUCUUCAUCCUGCACCCCGUCGAGGCGGCUCCACGUCUUGCCCUGCCUGCACGCUUUCUGCCGCCAGUGCCUGGAAGCACAGCGCCACCCAACCGCGGGUGACUCUCUCAAGCUGCGCUGCCCCAUCUGUGACCAGAAGGUGGUGAUCUCGGAGCCGUCGGGUAUGGACGCGCUGCCCUCCUCCAACUUUCUUCUCAGCAACCUGCUCGACGUGGUCGUCGUGGCCGCCGCCGCCGAAGACCAGAAGAACAACGGCCGUCCGGGCGGCGGCAGCGGCCAAGGAGGAGGCAGCGGCGGCGGAGCGGCGAGUAACAGCAAUGCCAACAACCGACACCCUCAUCCCCGCCAACAGCCUGCCCAGCAGCAACAGCAGCACCGCGCCCCUGCGGGCGGCUCCUCCCCGGGCUCUGCCGCCGCCUCGGCGCCGUCCGGGGGAGGCGGGGGCUCCGCGUUGCUGCUUAGGCGGCCCCACAGCCGACAGGGCGAGCCCCGCUGCAGCUCGUGCGACGAAGGCAACACCGCCAGCUCCCGCUGCCUCGACUGUCAGGAGCACCUGUGCGACAACUGCGUGCGCGCCCACCAGCGCGUUCGCCUCACGAAGGACCACUUUAUCGAGCGCUUUGGCCCAGGGCCGCCCGCCUCGGCGGGAACCGGCCCCGCCUCGGCAGCCUCCCAGCUUGCUCUCAGCCCGCCCUAUUCCGCCGCGCCUUACAACAUUCUCUCCGUCUUCCCGGACCGAGUCAACUAUUGCCAGCACCACGACGACGAGGUGCUGCAUUUCUACUGUGAUGCUUGUUCUGUUCCCAUUUGUCGGGAAUGCACCAUGGGACGCCAUGUCGGCCAUAGCUUUAUCUACCUCCAACAAGCUUUGCAAGACUCCAGAACCCUUACUAUUCAGCUGUUAGCAGAUGCACAACAGGGUCGCCAAGCUAUUCAGCUGAGUAUUGAGCAAGCCCAAGCUGUAGCAGAACAAGUUGAAAUGAAGGCAAAAAUGGUACAAUCUGAAGUGAAGGCUGUGACUUCCAGACACAAGAAGGCUUUAGAAGAAAGAGAAUGUGAGCUGCUGUGGAAGGUGGAAAAAAUCCGCCAAGUGAAAGCCAAGUCCCUCUACUUGCAAGUUGAGAAAUUACGUCAAAAUCUCAAUAAGCUAGAUAACACCAUCAGCGCAGUCCAGCAAGUCUUAGAAGAGGGCCGGAACAUGGAUAUCCUCUUGGCACGGGAUCGGAUGCUUGCACAGAUGCAGGAAAUGAAGAAUGUAAGAGGCUUCCUGCAGCCUCAAGAGGAUGACAGGGUCAUGUUUACUCCUCCUGAUCAAGCACUGUAUUUGGCCAUUAAGUCUAUGGGGUUUGUCAGCAGUGGGGCCUUUGCUCCUCUGACCAAAGCCACUGGGGAGGGUCUCAAACGUGCAUUGCAAGGCAAAGUAGCCUCUUUUUCAGUGAUAGGUUAUGAUCAUGAUGGUGAGCCCCGCCUUUCUGGGGGAGACAUGAUUUCAGCUGUUGUAAUGGGGCCAGAUGGAAAUCUCUUUGGGGCUGAUAUUUGUGACCAGCAGAAUGGAACUUAUCUGGUAAAUUACAGGCCACAGAUGGAAGGGGAACAUCUUAUCUCAGUCAUGAUGUGCAACCAGCAUAUAGAAAGCAGCCCAUUUAAAGUCAUGGUCAAAUCAGGACGCAGUUAUGUUGGCAUUGGACUACCGGGGCUCUGUUUUGCUAGUGAGGGGGAUAGUGAUGGAAAGCUGUGCCGCCCCUGGGGUGUUAGUGUAGACAAGGAAGGCUAUAUCAUUGUUGCUGAUCGUAGCAACAACCGCAUUCAGAUCUUUAAGCCUUGUGGGGCUUUUCACCACAAGUUUGGCACCUUGGGCGCCAGACCUGGCCAGUUUGAUAGGCCUGCUGGUGUUGCCUGUGACUCCUCUCGAAGGAUUGUUGUGGCAGACAAGGACAAUCAUCGCAUCCAGAUCUUUACUUUUGAUGGCCAGUUCAUUCUCAAGUUUGGAGAGAAGGGAACCAAGAAUGGGCAGUUCAAUUAUCCAUGGGAUGUAGCAGUUAACUGUGAGGGGAAAAUCCUGGUGUCCGACACAAGGAAUCAUCGGGUUCAAUUGUUUGGACCUGAUGGAGUGUUCCUGAAUAAAUAUGGUUUUGAAGGGGCACUCUGGAAGCACUUUGAUUCCCCACGAGGUGUGACAUUCAAUCACGAGGGCCAUCUUGUCGUGACUGAUUUCAACAAUCAUCGUCUUCUAGUCAUUCGUCCUGACUGUCAGUCAGCCCGUUUCCUUGGGUCCGAAGGCACAAAUAAUGGCCAGUUUUUGCGCCCACAAGGUGUGGCUGUGGAUCAGGAAGGUCGUAUUAUUGUGGCAGAUUCCAGAAACCAUCGGGUACAGAUCUUUGAGCCAAAUGGUAGUUUUUUAUGCAAAUUUGGCACUCAGGGAAGUGGCUUUGGUCAGAUGGACCGUCCUUCAGGUAUUACCGUCACCCCAGAUGGCAUGAUAGUUGUGGUGGACUUUGGGAACAAUCGAAUUCUCAUAUUCUAAUCUGUGUAUAUGUGUACUAAGAAGAAACUGUCUCAGGGAAAAUCCUUUUAAGAGAUCUUGCCCCACAUAAACACACAAAUAUUCCAAUGAUAGUUCAAACCUACCUCAUCUUUAAUUUUUUUAUAGAUGAAUGUAUUUUCCCUUUAUAUCUGCAGGGGUUAAACCUGUGAUUAUAUGAACUCUUAAUCUACCUCAUUAUCUUUAUGUUCCUUUACCUCCACAGUAUACACGUUGCAGUAUAAAAUUAAGCCUCUUUUUCCCUAAGUGGGACACUGAUGCACAAGCUUGUUUCUGUGCACAUUAGCUGGUUGUGUGAUAAAUUUUGUAGAUUCUGCCAAAGAGGCACACUCCUCUUGAAAAAGAAGAAAAAAAUCAGUAGUUUUAGAUUUUUAAUUGUUUUAUAUUCAGAUUGUACUGUUUUUUUUUUAUUGGAGAAGGUGAAGGGAGCUGUAUUUUUAGAUGCUGCUGCAGCAGAGAAAUCUUUUCUUUGUUCUCUUUUUUUAUACCUCAGUGCAUUUGAUAUACUGUUCCACAUAGCAUCUUUUCUUUUGAAGUGGGAUGGAAAUCACCAGGCAAAAAAAAAAAAAGGCUAGGUUCUUUGUCACUGGUACUUUUCUGCAUGUGCAUUUUGAAAAAUGCAGUAAUUUCAUGACACCAAAACAAUGUUUGAGAAUGCACAAUAUGUUGUGAUAUGUUCAACCUUAUUUUGGUAGUUUGGACUUUGGCCCAAAGGGCCGCAGGGCAAAACCACCCAUCCAUGAUAGCCCUGGAGAGCCUACUAGCUCCUGGAAACAGCUUUUUUAAUCUGCUAGGCAAAGUUGCUCUCUACACCUGGAAACUUUAGAAGUUACCUCUGUUGUUGUCUAAGGAGCUGCUACAUGGGGGAGAAUGUGUCUCCCCAAAUAGCUUCUGACUUCAAAAAGAUAUGUUUGGAAUGUAGCUUUGAUAUAGUUGGAUGUUCAAGGCAAAUGAGGAUUUCCUCUUAGGCUAGUGUUUUUUCUCAUAACCUUUCUUUCAGUUCUUUUUUUUUUAAGUCACUUCCCUUACAUAUUGUCGGUAUGUGUUUAUAUAUGUGUAACAAACAUGACUUUGGCAAUUGCCAUUACAAUGAGUCAAAUGUUUAGGCAUGAUACAAUAUUUCUGUUUUGAAAGUUUGUGUUAAAGAAAUUAGCUUUUUGUAAUGUAGCAUUAUCAAGAUGUGAUUUUUCAGGUAUAUAUAUAUCACGGGAAGUUGAAAUUUGGAAUUUCAGGGUGCAUAUCAGAAGUUAAUGAUAAGGAAGAAAAAUAGACUAUAGUAUGUAAUCUUGAGUGGAUGGUUUCCUGCCUUUUUCAGGCUCCCCCUCCCUAUUAAAUGGAACAUCUACAUGGGAAAUUUAUCCUGACAGGAUAACCAUGUGGCUCCCUCUUUGGGAUAAAGACUGUGGAAAGUGAACCACCCUAAAUCCUACCUCAUUUGCUCCAGCGCCAAAGAAUGCCAUGUAAAAUGGGGGUGCAUAUCUAAAACCAAAACUAUUAAAUACCUUGAAUUCAAUCAGCCACAUUUAGCACUGAAAAUACUGAGAAUAUUUAUACUUCUCCAAGAAGCUCUGUAACUCAAGUUUUAUAUCAAACCAUAGGAAUGUAAUUCCUUCCCUGAUUUGUCAUUAACCCUUAUAUACCUUUACUGAUAUUUGCGCAAAUGUGUGCUGAGUUGCUAUGGUGCUUAGUCUCUAUGCUAAGGCUGUGCUUGGAGUCAUGUCUGUCAUGUAGUCUAAUGUCUUCUAUUUAGGAUCCUGCUUGGAGAUCUGAUACUGAAAGAGCAAUCAGCAAUCCGAGAGUUUUCAAAAAGAUGACUCCUCUUUUUAGAACUGAAUAAUCAGAAGGGGAUAAUAUGAACAUUUCAUGUAGUGAUUGAAAUGCUCUUUAAUGAAAAAUAAUGCUUCCUACCCAAUCAUAUAUUCAUUACUGGCAGAUCUAUCUUUGAAUGUUUUGAUCAGAACAAGAUGUUAUAGCUGCGCCUUUUGCAUUUUUCAAGGCAUUACCUUCUAGAUGUGAUUAAACUGAGUUCAUCCUUUAACUGGAUAGCUACAUUGAUAAAAUAAUUAAUUACUAUAUCCUUCUCCCAGAGAUUCAGGGAGUUCACAAUCUUACAAUUUUAUAAUCCUUCACUGAACCAUCGUAGCAUUUCUAAUGUCUUAUGCUAUAUGAGUCAGUUGGGCAGACCCAACGGUCCCCUUUUAGUCAUCACCAAUAUUUCUGAGUACAAGGAUUCAAAUAAGGCUUGGGGUAGAGUUGAUAAAAUAUAAGCUACUUUCAAUAUUUAAUGUUGCCGCAACUGAUAUAAAGCUAAGUUGCAAAAGAGCUUCACUGCUAAGGGAUGAGAGACUAGGAUAUCUGAAACUAAGGAUCGCCUUUUUAACUACGGCAGACCAAUAUCGUAAUGAUGGAGGUGGUGUUAAUGUUUUAAGAUUACAUAUCGUGAUGCUUGAAAAGAUGUUCUUCUCUUGGAUUCAUUCUAUUUUGGGGGAGGGGGAAUUCUACUCUCCCUGCCUUUAAUAAAUAAUAAAGGCAGGAUAUGACAUAAAUAAGUCUUGUCUCAUAUAAGUCACAUUGUACUUAUCAGAAACUGUUACUGGAGUUGAUGAAGAGGUUAAGUUUGAGCAUUGUCACUGGAAAUAGAAGUUUAUCUGUCUUGAUGCAAAACCUAAUGUAAGACCAGUGCAUAACCUAUGAAGGUAUUUCAGAUUAGAGUUUGUACUUGAAACCCUAAUGUUAGUUUCUUCAAAAUAGCUACCAAAGAUAACUGGUUAAAAGCUUUAUUGUUGACAGACUUCUUGACGUUCUUCUAAUUGAAGCUGUAAUUUCCAUUUAUUCCAACUUUAUUUUCUGCUAGGCUUAUCAUAAAGUAUGCUAUUUCUAGAAGUUUUUGUCCAGUAACAGUGUGCCAUCCAUUCUUUCUAACAUCAUAAAACUGAUGAUUAAUGUAGUUCUCUUUUUGAAAGACAUAUAUAUGCACACCUACAUGCCUACAUUAAGGGGCUAUACAAGAUUGCAAAGACAGGAUCCCUAUCGGGAAGAAGGUAUAUGUUUUUUAUUUCUUCAUCCACAAAUACUUUCUUCACUGCUAUUGCAGAUACCUGCUAUUUUGGCACAAAGCAAACAAUUAAAAAAAAUAGCAUCUUCAUACAUUUUUCCUGUUAGUGUGUUAUUAAGCUUUUAAUUUCUAUAUGUUGCUGCUUGGCUGCCAAAUUUACUUUGUCCAGUUGCUGCAUUAGGUAAUGAAAAGCACACGUUAUCUCACUUUAAAAUUUUUGUGGAAGUUUCUCACAGGAGUAUUUAUAAUACAGUGAAUUAAAUAGUAUAAUAGAAAAAAAAUAAUGUCAAUGUAAAAUGCCCCCUAGGGGUCUGGUUUUAUUUGGGAUGGACUUAACUGGGUUCCUGACUGGCAGAAAUUGAAUACAAAUUAACACUAGGUGAGCAAAGGUUUGAAAGCUUGUAAAUGUGUUUAUUCUUCAGCUUAUGGCUAAUAAACUAAUACAUCUCAUUUACAAAAUAUUUAAAAAGUUAACCUAAAUUUAGGGACUGGUUGUGCUACAAGUAUUUGAAUUUGGCUAAUAAAUAAGCUAUUUAGUUAUGUAAUUAUUAUUUUUUCCUUGAGAGCCCAAUAGGAAGUCAAGAGGUGCAGCUAAAUAGCAGGCACUUCAACAGUAAACUGAACCAGUGUACUCUUAAAUAAACUUUGGGGAAACUUUAAUGGCAUUUGAUAACCCUAUAAAUGAUACUCUGUCUAAGAUUAAUCAGGACUGAUACUAAAGGAGGUACUUCCUUACGGCAUCCAGCUGGAAUUGCAUGAUUUGAUUCUGUCACUUUUAAGUAAUUAAGUUCAAAAUUAAUUUAUUGAAGAAAAACCCGUUUGAUUUUACCUACAUCUCUAAUUUCUUUUGAAGAUUAGGAGAUUCUUAUAUUUUAUUCUGGUUCAAAAUAGUUCCAAAGUAUUUUAUGUAUUGUUUUUUUUUAAAUGGUCAUAUCCAGAUGGUGCCAAAAGGUAAUGUUUUUUUUUUUUUUUUUACAGUUUAGAUACCUCAUCCUACCUCCACACAGUUUUAAGCUGUGUAAAAAGUAAACAUUGGUACUUAGACAAUGCUGUUUAUAAUCCUUGAGUCCUUGGGAAAUCAGCAAGCCCCAAUUUGCUGUGGUACAGGAUGCUUGAAUAAACAUGUUUUAAAUUCCUACCUCACUGUUAAUUUUAUAAGCACAGCAUCUACCUCAAAGUUAACUUCCAGAUGUCAAAGGAGAAAUUGGGUAUUCACCGGAAAGCCAGGUAGCAUUUUUUUAGUUCUUGCUCCAAAGAGCAAUACAUCCUGGAAUCUAACCUGGCUGUUUUCUUUUAGUGUAAGGACAUCUGAAUUAAAAAUGGACACCUCAAGCAAAUCUAUUAAUCAUCCUUCUCUGUGACCUUAUGUCUAGGGAACAACCCUACCUCUAUUUCAAUACUUAACCUAUCUGGUUGGCAUAAUGAAUUAACUCUAUUUACAGAAUCACUGUAGUUAUAGGCCUUCUCUCUGACAAAAAGAAAUACAUUUCAUUUAUAGCAAGCUGAUAGAAAAGCCACCUUCUGGAGAUCUGGAAAUGUCCGGUUAAUUGUCCAAAGCAGUUGAGUCUAUGAAAGGAAAUAACGUUCUCCUAUAUUAGCACAGGGUGAAAGGAGAUUUAGGGUUCUUAUAUUGGAUUUUUUGUUUGUUUUGCAAAUUUUCACAUAGCAGCUUAUUUAGGUAGAAAGGAUUCUCACCCAAAUCAGCUUAGAUUGGAUUAUUUCAUCCAUUGUUUCCCACAUGCUGCAAAAAUACAAUGAAAGCACACUGUGGACACCUUGUAGAUUAUCACCAUUUCCUCAACUUGCUUAUAAGUGAAGUUGGAGAAAUAGGCACAGAAAACUAUUUGCAAUUAGUUGAGCUUGAAUGGAAUAUGGGAUUCCUUUAAGUGAUUUUAUAGCUUGACAAACAUUAGGUCCAUUUUUCCCUCCCCCCCCCCGCACCACCACCACCAUCUUCAAGUAAUGAUUCUUCAGGAAAAAGAUUUAAAAAAAUGUCUGUGUAUCUGCAUGGUCUUAGACCACUUCAAUGAUUGUAUCAACUCACAAACUCAGGUUGACUUACUUUCUGGGAAGCUCCUUUCAGAGCUUGGUCACUGAAUGUUUAGUGUACGUAGUAGGGUGUGGUAUUCUUUAAGUCACCAAACCUGUAAGUUCUUUUUGUAGCAUUAUAGAUUUCUUUCCCAAGGGAGAUCUUGUUUGUAGCCUCCCUUCAUAUAUAUUUUUUUUCAGUAGGUUAUAUAAUGUGUGUUCACUCAUCCAAACUGAUGCUUUUCCUAUCUUGUAUGUGAUAUUCCUUGUACUGUGCCUCACCUAUUGCAUAUCUGUUUAUAUAGUGCUAAUCCCCUACCCCCUUUUUUAAAGUAGCAGUAGUAUGACAUGCCUUGGUGAUUAUUUUCUUGAAAAAAGCAUUUCCAGUAUUUUUCCGUGCCUAAACCCUGUGGUUGGUCCAAGACCAAAAAACAUAAAAAAUUCAGCAUAGAAACUCUGCAGACCAAAUCCUCCAUUGAUUAGUCUUAACAACUUAUAAAUCCAUUUUCUCCCAAUUUUUUUUAAGAAUUCAUUUAUUUGCAGAACUACUUAAAAUUCUGCCUAGCUUUGGAAAAUAUACUAUUUUAUAAAGCAAGUUGAAUUUUUAGUGGUUCAAAUAUUGUCAAACAUACAUCGAUUUUAUUUUAUUAGAGGAAAAUAUAGAUUCUUAUAGAACAAACCCCUUUUAUGUAUUAUUGCUGGAUUGGCCAGGGUUAUUUUUUCAAUUGAAAGUUGUUAAUUUUUAAAAUUUGGUCACUCCAACUAUUGCUGUUGGAUUGCAGAGUGAUGUGAAAAAGGUGAGGCACAAGCUUUAUUUGGACAAGCUAAAAUGUUAGAACUUGUGAUUUUUUUCAAAUGGGAUUCUGAAUGUAUCUUUGUGGUCCAUGGAGAAGGCUGAAGGAUGUAGCAAGGAGACGAUGUAUCAGCUACUAGCAGCCUUAAAACAAAGUCAUGGUCUCCAUGGACUUUAAAAUGUUUC